AACCUGGCUGGGAGCGGUAAUGCUUUCAGGAGUGGAUUGUUGCGUGUGCCGUGAAAUAGGAAUGUAUAGGAUUUUCACGACAUAAAUGAAUCAACAAUAGAAGAGUUAUUGUGGAUUGUUUAUAUGCUUAAAAUGUAGACAUCCUUAACAAUGAGUAACAGUCACAGGCUUCCCCUUUCGGUCCGGCUCUGCCACCAGCCAGCGGCUCCUGCACAGCUGGACCGGAGUGGGGUCACUCCGCAUAAUAGGCACCCUGUGUGGGGGCAGCCGUGCGGAGGGGGAGGGGAGAUGCGAAGGAGGGUGUGAAGAGCCCAGAGAGUAAUCACUUCAAGGACAGCAUGACAGACCCCUCCCAGGCUACUUGCGGUGUGGGAAAGCCCACGGUCCCCGUCACACCCCGCGGUCCCCAUCACACCUCACAGUCCCCGUCACACCCCACAGCAGCCCUGGUGUGGCUCCCAGGGCCCUGGUUCCCUUAGCCGGGAAAGGAGGGAAAAUCCUUCAGGGGAGAUUGAAGGGGAACUGCAAUAAUCUUGGAUAAGCAACUGUUUGGCAAAAUUAGCUCCAUCUGAGUGGGUUUUUAUAGGAGAGUUCCAAGGAAUAACAGCCAAGCUACUACUGGAGGUGUCAACGGGGAGCCAUUAGAAAUAACAAACAGCGCACCCGGGAGACCUUGCCAGUUUGGUGUUAAGGGGAAUCGCUCGAUGGCGCAAGAACCGUAACACUGACAAAUCGUGCAAUAGUGGCCCUAACUUCUUGCGGAAGUAUGUCCUCUGGCAUUUUUAAAAAAGUAGACUUAGCCAGCUGCCUUUCAGAUGGUAGUUAUUAUGACUACAAUUUUAUAUUUAUUAUUUAAAUGCUUUAUGCCAGUUGAUAUAAUUGUCAAUACCAACAAAGCAAACAUUGUGCCCUGUCCUGUCUUACAUGGUCCUUGAGGUUCGGAUCAAGAAAGCUAGCGUGUCCAGCAGUCUGACGGGAUGUUGGACUGUAGCUUAUGUGUGUAUGUAGUAUAAAGCAUAGCUGUUUCUGCUAAUAGUGUGCAUUCGUGUGUUACUCAGCUUCCAUUCUGUGGUUGUUCUUAACUGUUCCCCCAGCCCUCUCCUCCCCUGACAGGGUUAUGUAGAUUGUUCUGUAUCCUUCCCUUCAUCGCUGGUACAGCAUAGGGUUUAAAAGCACUGGCUCGGUCCAAAGGCUUGGGUCCAGAUCCUGAUUCCUUUUCUCUCCGUGUUAUCUUAGGCAAACAUCUGAACUUCCGUGUGCCUCGGAAGUAGCAGCACCUACCUCCUCGGAGGGAGGAAUAAAUGCGUUAAUGCAGGCAGAGGCCCUAGGACAGUGCACCCCACCACCCCUCUGCAGUGCGGGGGCUGGGCAGCACUGCAGGAGCUGUGUCCCAGGUGCAGUGCUGGGCUGUGGGAGGCGGUGGGGGUGGGUAGAAGAGCACUGGAGACCCAGCGCCCCCACACCAGCCCACAGGCGCCGCUGGCCUGCACGGGUCACCCUCCCACCCAGGUCUCAGUUUUCUCUUUUGUCAAGUCACAAAAAAGGGUGGAGUCAAUAAUCUCAGAAUCACUUUCCAACUCUCAGUAUUCUUGGAUGUGUUGGUACAAGGCCAUGUAGGCUCUGGAAAUUCGUUUCAGGUGGCUGUGGAAUUUAGUGUAUCCAUUCCCUCAGAUUCAGAAUAAAGCCAUUCUGAUAUACUAGCUAAAUGACCUUGGCAGUGUCAUUCCUUACUAUGCACAGUGGUUCUGGGUGUCUGGGAUGAGAGGAGAUAGAGCAAGAGCACAUGUUUGUGUCAGCGGCUUGAACACUUUAGGGAGUUUGCUACACGGGGUUUUGCUGGUGUGGGCAGCCAGCACGUGCUCUGUGAGGAGCCCUCUGAGACCCAGUAGCUCGUCUUUGCCAUAGGAAGAUGGGCACAGGGCGAGCUCCUUGGCAUUUCAUGGUUGUUGAAACUGUCAAAUAGAGGAAAUUAGUCACUUUUUGCCAAAUGAAUAAAUAGGGAAAGUUAAACCAGAAGUGAUGAAGAAACAGAAGAAAAUGCCCAAAAAGCUUCAUGGCCAUGUCUGUGGUACCCCCAGCUGAGAGCACUUUGGGGCCCUUUAGAGAUGCUCUGGACGUUUUAGAGAGGGGCAGGCGGGCAGAGCUGGCACAUCUGGUUAACCAAGUGGACCUGCCCCUGGCUUGUAAAGCAGUGACAGAACCAACAGCCUUAGAGUCACCUUCUUUCUCCACCCCAGGUGUCUGUCACACUAACGCCUCCUCCAUGCGCCCCGGUGCCUGUUGCUCUGGCCUAACUGUUGCUCUCACGGCCUGGGAGCUGUCUUCCUGCUGCCUUCCAGCUCAGAGCAGGGGGGUGUGGCCAGGGCAUCAGUGGUCCACCCAGGGCCCUGCACGCAGGGGGAGAUGUGUGUGGGCCUUUCAUCUUGAGGGAACGGGACGGAGAGUCCCUCAUCUUCUGAGCUCGUCUUCAGAGACUGUCACCUGUUUUCGAGUGUUUCGUUGGCUUUGUUUCGGGGCCGGAGUCACGAAGAGAAUAAGCAAGUUGCUGUGUGUUUCUGGCUCAGAAACCCAAGCUGACCUGUUCACAGGUCCAAGUCACUCCUCAGGUUGUGCUGAGAUAGAAGGAGAGCGGCCGUCCCUGUCUGCCACGGCCUGGGGACAGGGAGCGGAGCUCGUAAGCCAGCCUGCUCCUCGGCACUGGCGCCGUCCUGUCCCCCACUGCAUGUCCCAUGAGGCCGUUUUCCGAUGCUGUCAGAUGGAGAGGCUCUCGGUGAAGCCAGGGCUCUCGGAGGUCUGUGGCCUCCACAGCAGGCCCAGUGGCUGCAGGGCAUCCUGCACGGGGGUCUGCAGACCACAGGCGUUAAGGUCUGGCCAGGAUGGGCAGUGGGCCUCCUUGGGACAUAAGUCCCCUUUGUUCUCCCAGUUCCCUCUGUGCGCCCCCCUCGACUCAGCCCCAACCUGCAGUGGUCAUGUCACUAGAGACUUAGAGUCCCAGGGACCGACAGGAGUCGCCUUCCGGGAUCUCCAUGCCUACUGUCACCACUGUCUUUCUUCUUCCCUGAACGCAGAGCCCUAAGCCAGGACUGCAGUUGGUGUGGGAGAGAAGGCUCCCAGGCUGACCCUCGCCAGGCCCCCGGGCCCAGAGACCUGAGGAGAGAAGUGAGAUGGAGCCACACUGCACCAGGUCCCCUCCUGUGCUUUCUGUGUCCCUAGACCUGCUGUGCCCACCACAUCCCACUGCCUGGUUUUGUUAAGUAUGUAUAAUCAUAUCCAUUUUAUAACUGAAGAAACAGGUUCAGAGAGGUUAAGUAACUCAUCCAAAAUCACACUGCUAGCUAUUAUGUUUUAGAACUAAGAUGUAACUCAGGUGCCUUUGACUCAGAAGCCUGCUUUGCACUGCUGUUCUGUCUUGAAGGGCGGCCUGGGGAUGUUCUGAACAAUGGAAACAUCACUGGACAGACACAGACGACCAGUGGGAGUAUUUUGAAGGACUGCACACUCAUUUGCAUAUAUAAAUGCUAACAGGCUUGCUUACAUCUCAGGUUGCUGUAUUGUGACCCUUGGCACAUACUCUAUCUUCAUGCCAAUGCUGUUCUAGGAAGAGCUGUUGAACUGUUAGCCCCAUGCCCCCUUCUUGUGGGCCCAAAGCUCUUUUGACGGGGCAUUCCCCCAAAUGUCCUGGGCCUGGGGGAGAUUAUGAGCUCCUGGGGGAAGGUUGAGGGGCGGGGCCAGGGAGGGGUUAAUCAGGGGGGAGGGGUUAAUCAGGACGACGGGGUCUUGGGGCAUUUGGUUUCAUGGAUUUCUCCUUCUCAUGGGCUGACCUCCAGUGAGGACAGGGGCGUGGAGAUGCAAGACACUGAGCUGCAGAGGGGCUCUGCCCUCCACCAGCUCUGCCCUCCCUGGGGCUGUGCUCCUUGGCCAGAUCACCCCGACUUCUGGAGACCAUCUUCUUACGUGCAAAAGAGGAGAGGGUGUUGGAUGGAGUGAUGACAGAGCUUGUCUCCAGCUCUGACUCUUCACAUUCUUACAAACAGUAGGCUUGAGUGUCUGGCUGGAACAGUGCCUAGGGAUCCAGUGGACAAUCCUACCGUACCUGUACUGGACAAGAGGGUGUGUGCACACUCCUAUUCGCCGUUGCUGUCCAUCCCUCAUCGCCCUUCUUUGGGGUUAAGGAAGGGAAGAAUCAGAAUUUAUCACCCUUGCUUGUUGGAUGGAUUUGGCUCUGGAAGCUGCUGCUGACUGCGCCCUAGUUGUUGAUGCUGUUCUGAUGUGGUUAUGAAACUGACAUCAACAUGCCAGGCCCGCCCAGUGCUCUGGAGGCAGGAUCCCAGGGUCCAGCAGGGGAGAAGAUCACUUCCCACCACUGCCCUGAACCUGACGUCCUUUCUUUGCAGCCAGUGUAAUCCAUUAGGUUGGUGGGACUCUUUCGGAGGGGCGGGCAUUUGCUGGGCCCACGGGGGAGAGCACCUGGUACUGAGAGUCUGUUUAGAUGAGGCUGCCCGUUUCCAGAGACAACGGUCCCUUCUCCAGACCUCGCUCCUGUUUCCCUCAUUUUGUGAGUCUUGGAAGCCAAAGACCACUCCUGCCUCCUGCCAGCUCACUUGUGCACCCAGCCAGGGCCUGAGAGGCCCGGGCAGCGCUUGUCUUCCUGGGUGCCGGUGGGACAGUGCUGUAGACAGCCUUAGGCCAGCCAAGCACAGCACGCCUCCGGCCGCCACCUAGCCGGAGGUCAGGUCACCACACUCUGUGCUCAGCGUGUGGUUGGCCCGGCAAUACGCUCGGAGUAAAGCUGAAAGACCAGCCAGGACCGCAAGGGUGUGCCUGCUCUGGCCCUUCGUUCCCUCCUGCCCCACCUCUCCCCUCUCACUGUGCUCCAGACUCUCCGUUCUGGAACCUUCCUCCACACGCCACGGGGGCUGCCUUCUCCUCUGCGGGAAGCCUCCCCAUUGCGGUGCCCCGUCAGCUCUGUGCACAGACGCCGUCCCUAGACAGGGCUUUCCUGACGCCCCCCCUAUGGAGGGCAGUCCCUCCCUGGCCCUGCCGACUCGUCCUCCCGGGUUCCUAGGCCCAAAGUGGCGCGCUCCACGUGGCGGGACUUGGUGUUAUUCACGUCUGUACGCUCAUUGCCAAACCACCCUCUGGCACGGGACCACUAUGAAUAUUCACAGGAUGAACGAGUGCAUCGUUGUAAUUCUGGAUCUGUGCCCGAGAUGUACGCACCGCUGGCCCAUCACUGUCCUCUCUUCUUGACCCCAGGCUAGUCUGGGCGUCCUCUCCAGCAGCCUCCCUCCCUAACACCUCUGCUCUACCCUCGGGGACUCUCGUGGCAGGAGAAGACAGCCCCCGGCAUCACUGCUAAAUGCGCCCCCACCUCCGUGCCCGGGCCAAGCCCCGGCGGUCACCCGGGGAUGCGCCUCCCUGAAGCCCGCUCACCUGGGGGUCCCCUUGUCCCCCGUCCUCAGCACUGAGGGACAGGAGGAGGGGUCAGCGCUCCCCUGGCUUCUAUUCACCUUUUGUCAAACAAAACCAAAGAGAAGCCUGCUCUGCUGCGUGCCACCCAGUCACAAAGCGGCUGCUCCUCUGCUGCCUUCCUGAGUUACUGCCCCGGCCACUGCCCCCCGGGCUCGCCGUCGGCGUCCCUACACCUGCUCCCUCGGAGCUCCCUUACCCUUUCAGCACUUUCUCGGGCCAACCUCCGGGGCUCCUCCCCUUCCCCGCACUCUCCCCUGGGAAGGAGCCGUCCUGGCCCAGAUAGGGGGCUAAGUUCUCAAGCUCACAGUACCUCAGCAGAGAAGCAUGCAGCAAAACCUCCGGACGGUGGAUCGUGGCUCCAUUUGAAGGAAAGAACUUUUUCAGACGGGAACCCAGGACCGGAGACCUGCCUGCCUAGUGACUCAACUGCCAGCACACCGCAGCUUGCAGCCAGUGAGCAGCCCCAGGGAAGCCACUUCUCCAAGAUUCGCUGAGAAAUGGCGCCUGCACUGUCAACCUUCAAACUCCGACAAGCUCUGACCCUCGGCAGCAGGCAGACCCAGAAACAGGCUAGCCCUGGCCCACAGUCACGGAACUGCAACGUGGGAAGGGGCGGGGGUUGCCAUUUGCAAAAUCCUAGCUAAAGCAGCCUCUGCUAACAUCACAAACCCAGCACCCAGUGGAUUUCUCUCAUGCCGUCCUGAAGACAGAGAUUCAGGGCUAAAUUGGAAGCAGAUGAAAUUGGUUGUUCUUCUGUCUGUCCCACCCCCAGCCAAGUUGUACAGACUCCCCAACCCAGGCACUCCACCCUGCGCAGACCAAAUCCCUAAGUACUUACACCUUUCUCGACCUUGGUCAGAAUUUAACUCAGUUACGACUUUCAUGGGUAAACACCAGAAUCUAGGCAGUGAACAUCUACCAACCCUUGAUCCUGACUCUUGUCUCAUGUUUGUUAUUCUUGAGCUGUAAAUACUGUCUGUAAUUCAGAAGAAUUAUGUUUAGGUUGAAUAAGGAUUUACUAAUUAGAUGUUAGAGCAUCAGAAGGAGGUGGUUCAAUAAAAAACAAGAUGUAAAGAAAUACCCAGUAUUAAGCCUGAAUUUUUGUAUAGGUCCAAAAUAUAAACAGAUCGAGGAAGGUUAUAUAAAUAUAACCAACAAUGACAGAUCUGUAAUAAAUAUGAAAUUAAACGUUCAUUGUUAUGGGAAGUCAAGGUUAAUAGUUCUUUCGAAA